AUGGCCACGCUCGCAAUGGUUGGAGCCAGCAUCCCAAGAGCUCGGGCAGCCAAAGACCCUAAGGCCCUAGGACCCGUCAGCAUCGGGAGCGAGAUCCAACGACUGUGUAACAACGGCUUAUACGCACUCCCAGUGUCCGUCUCUUGGGAUCAGAAUAGUGGCUCGAAGCAAGCUGACUUCCCUCGCAAGUAUGCACAUAUCAAAGAUACGGAGGCAUGGAGGCAUUCCAUCAAUCAAACGAUGAAGGAGAAACGGGAUGCAAACGGGCUUGCGAUACUUGCGGGAGUCAGUGGAGUGUAUGUGAUUGACGUUGAUGUAGCUGCAAAGGGGGGUAAGCGACCAGGGAUCGAGCUCUGGCAGCAACUUGUUGAGAUCCACGGGGAGCCGGAGACACUGAAAGCAAGGACCGGCUCUGGUGGGUUGCACUUGUACUUCAAGCUCGACUCUCCAGGUCUCACGUGGAGACGAAAUUUUCAGGGUCUCAAGGUCGACGACGAGACGUUUUGCGUUGAUGGAAGAGGAAUUGGUGGUGUCGUGUUCGCUUCACCAACAAGCUACUCGAUUGCUUACGGCAAGCUUGCAACGUAUGAAUGGAUAAAUGGACCUCCCAGCUAUGAAGCGUGCCAUGAUAUGCCCACCUGGCUCGCGAAAUUGGUCAACAAUCGUGCGGGUCAUAGUGGGCCAUCGAUUGAAGAGGAGGAAGGAGGCAAGGAUCUGGGAGCACCAAUUGAUGCACCCAUAACAGGACGGCCGGUUGAUCAAUACGACGACAUGCACGUGAUCACGCGGUACACAAGAGGAAGCCAAGAGACUCAGGACUUGCUUCUUCAGAUAGUAAAGAAGCACGCGGCACCCCAGGCAUAUGCGAACCUUGGACGCCUCUUUGCGUAUCUUUACAUGAUCGAGGGUCGGAUUCUCGUGACCACCAACGAAGCAGAAAGGAGUCGAGAUCAACUCUUUUUUGUUUGGGACGGGACUUCGUGGGUACAAGACACCUCGAACCUGGUUUCAAGCGUCUUUAUCAGCCAGAUGGGUUGUCUCUUGGCAUGGUAUGAUAGGCAAAGAGAGAGGUGUUUGGGCACUUUGUACGCCAGCCGUCCCGAGUUAGAGGGAUUUGUGGUUGACGGUGUCCCAAAGCCUCCCGACCCCGAUCAGGUCAACCCCAAGCAGAUGAGGAAGAUCAAGAUGGCCAUGGAGACGUGCGCAAAGGAGCUUGACAAGAUCAUGCCAAGUUUUGGAAGGAUCAACGUCCAAGACGUUGCUGACGUGCGCAAGUGCUUGCACUCUGUUGUUAUAGAGCUGCAUGUGAAUGGUCUUCUCGACAAAUUCGAUCAAGAUCCCACAGUUGCAAAUGCUCCGAACGGGUUGAUCGAUCUCCAAACUGGUGCCCUGCUCCCCCAUCGUCCUCAGAACUUGUGCAUUAACCAGACAACCAGAUAUGUGCGGGGAGCGUCCGCACGUUCUACUGCCAAGUUCCGAACGUUCUUGAUGGAUAUUCUUCCCCCAAGGACCAUCGAGUGGCUCCAGAUGUUCCUUGGCUAUGGUCUUACCGAAGAGACGCUGGAAGAGCUGUUUGUCAUCAUGAACGGUAAUAGUGGCUCGAAUGGAAAAGGGUUCCCACAGGAGCGGGGAGGAGCCAUCUUGAUUCGAACGAUUGACGGUAAGAAGCGGCUUAGAGGUUUCUUUGGGAUUCGUUUGAAGACCAAGGAGGAGCUAGAACGGACAGAUGCGCAAGGGAACCUUCCAAAGGCAGACUGA